AUGACAGUUCUCCAAUGUAAAUUUCGACAAGUACUCCCUCCAUUCACUUUUCCCCAAAGUUUUGCAAAUCAAACAAUUGCGAUGUUGGUUUUGUUUUCAUUUUUAAAUCUAAUUCUUGCAUCCUCGUCGCAUGGAUAUGCCCCAGUUGCAGUUUCAUGUCCAAGUGGCCAAUUGACUCGGUCAUCCCUCUCAGGUAUUAACCCCGAGGAAAAGAAAUAUGUGGAUAAUAGAUAUACCAGUGUUGCCAAACCAAAUUUGAAGGCUUUCCUUUCAGGUGCUAAUUUAACUGAUUUUGACAUAGAUUCGUUUCUCGACAAGGCGAACCCAACCAUUGGUAUUACUUUUUCAGGUGGUGGUUACAGAGCACAGCUUAGUGGUGCCGGUCAAUACGCUGCUUUGGACUCUAGAACCAAUGUUGUAAAUGGAAAAGGCUUGGGAGGUGUAUUGCAGUCUGCUAGUUACAUUUCAGGUCUUUCGGGCGGGGCAUGGUUGGUUGGAUCAUUGGUUAGCAACAACUUGAUAUCCAUUGAUGAAUUAAUAAACCAAAAUACCCUUUGGCAGUUGCAGAAUUCAUUGAUAGCCAACGGGAAUAAUAUUCCCAGUAAUUGGGAUUAUUGGACACUGAUAAAUGACGAAGUCAAGGGAAAAAGAGAGGCCGGAUUUGACGUUAGUGUCACCGAUGUAUGGGCCUGGGCCUUGAGCUAUCAAUUACUCACGAAUUCAAAUUAUGCUGGUGCUGAAUAUACCUUUAGUGACGUAAUUGACCAGCCUAGCUAUCAACACUAUCAAGUACCUUAUCCAAUACUUGUUUCGGUUGGUAGGGAGCCUGGAACUUCUGUGAUCAAUGUCAACAGUACCGUUUUUUCCCUUACUUCUUAUGAGGUUGGUAGUGAGGACCCUUCUUUAGAGGCAUUUGUCCAAACAAAGUAUCUCGGAACACGCUUAGAUGAUGGGUAUCCCAAAAACCGUUCUUGUAUUAAUGGAUUUGAUAAUGCUGGAUUUUUCAUGGGUACAUCUUCCUCAUUGUUCAAUGGCGCUGUACGUCGAUUGAAUGCAACCCAGCUUCCAGAAUUUUUAGGGAAAUUGUUAGAUAAGUUCAUUUAUGAGCCCUUCGAAAGGUUAGAUAUUGAUGUUGCUAAUUUCAAUCCUAAUCCAUUUUACAAGAGUCAGGAUGCAAAAACAUCAAUUGAAAAAAGUGAAACCUUGUACUUAGUGGAUGGAGCUGAAGACGGUCAACAAGUACCUCUAGUUCCUCUAGUUCGUCGUAACUUGAGCGUGAUAUUUGCAUUUGACAACUCAAACGACUACUUGACGUGGCCAGACGGAACGAGUUUGAUCAAGACAUACGAACGUCAAUUUUCAGCACAAGGAAAAGGAUCCCCGUUCCCGUAUGUCCCAGAUCAAAAGACGUUUAGAAGUUUAAAUUUGACUUCAAAGCCAACGUUCUUUGGCUGCAAUGCAAAGAAUUUAACCUCCUUGACGUCUGAUAUCUACAACGUGCCUUUGGUGAUUUAUACUGCCAAUCGUCCAUAUACGUAUUGGUCCAACACGUCUACUUUUAGGUUGGAAUACUCAUUGGAAGAGCGUAAUAACAUGAUCUCAAACGGAUUUGCAGCAACAACCAGAUUGAAUGGAACGUUAGAUGAAGAAUGGGAUGCAUGUGUGGGGUGUGCAAUAAUCAGACGUGAACAAGAGAAGAUGGGUCUUGAGCAAACUAAGCAAUGUAGUCUCUGUUUUGAGAGAUACUGUUGGGACGGUACUAUCUAUGAAGGAGAAUCAAUUGGGGACAAUUUUGACGACAACGGCUUGACUCUUGAUGCUACUUACUACAACUCAAAGAAUGUCCCUGGAUUUUAUGAAACGGGUGCUAAUCUCAAGCGGGAUGAGGCUGUGGAGGCGAAUUAG